CGGCAGCAACACAGAACAGAGCACAACCAAUUACCACCCCUCCAUGUUCCUGUAAUUUCUCACCUUCCAAAAAAUAUUUCCCGUAGAAAGAAAGAAAAUCAAACCCUAAAAAAACAUGAUCGGAGUAGGCAAGAUCAAGCAAUACUCUAACGUCCUCGAAAAACCUCUCAGCAAAGGCAAACAAGAGGUGAGUUUGAGUGCGUUUGCAUUUUUGUUUUCGGAACUUGUCCAGUAUAAUCAAACACAGGUUGAUAACAUUGCUGAAUUAGAGCGAAGGCUAGAGGAUGCAGGAUAUGCUGUGGGGGCUCGAGUUCUGGAACUUCUUUGUCAUAGGGACAAGGGCAACAGAAGGGAAACACGAUUGUUGGGUAUUUUGUCUUUUGUGCACAGCACUGUGUGGAAAGUGUUAUUUGGAAAGGUAGCUGACUCCCUUGAGAAAGGCACUGAACAUGAAGAUGAAUACAUGAUCAGCGAAAAGGAGCUCCUUGUCAACAGAUUCAUUUCAAUUCCAAAGGACAUGGGGACAUUUAACUGUGGGGCAUUUGUUGCUGGAAUAGUAAGGGGUGUUUUGGAUAGUGCAGGUUUUCCAGCUAUAGUUACAGCUCAUUUUGUACCUAUGGAGGGCCAGCAACGACCUAGGACGACCAUUUUGAUAAAAUUUGCUGAAGAGGUACUAAGAAGAGAAGCAAGACUAGGUUGAUGUCUGUACGAAUAUUUCAUCAUGUAACCUUCAGUCUUCUGCAACAACAUGGUGACGAAUAGUGAACUUUUCAGCUGGUUUGUCAACAAACGAGGAUUUUCACCUGGCAAUCCUGUCAGCUAUACUUGUGACUCUAUUCAAUUUCUGUCUGAUUUUUGUGUAUGCUCUUCAAAGCACGGAAAUUUUAAUGAUCUUGUAAAUGCAAUUAUUGCCACUUCAGUUGAUGUGAAGUAAACGAUAUCCUUUUUUCACUGCACAUAA